AUGAUCUCGGCACUCCUUCCGGCAGGCCUUGUGGGCCUUCUAUCGUUGAUUGAUAUCGUUGGCGCUCAGCAAGACGAUCUCGGAAAGGUUCUCCAGUCCCAGUCAAAUCUGACCACUUAUUUCAAUCUAAUCAAGAAAUACCCUGAAGUUAUCCUCAAGCUCCCCAGCUACGACGGAGUCACAGUUGUUGCGCCAUCCAACGCAGCUUUUGAGAACAUUCCCGGCACUCAACUAAAUGGCAAAUGGAACGAAUCAGAUCCCUCCAUCGCCAUCCCUAUACUGGAGUACCACAUCCUCCAAGGCACAGUCUCAACCGGCGCCCUUGAAACAGGCCCCUCAGUAUUGCACUCCUCGUUGUUACAGAACCCAGCCUGGACCAAUGUCACCGGCGGGCAGAACGUCAUGGUGAACAAGCAGCCUGGCGACGUGAUUGUUUUCACCUCUUCCAAAGGCACCCGCACCACACAAGUCAAAGGAGACAUCAGGUUUGCCGGCGGCCUCAUUCAGGUUGUCGACAACCUCUUGAUACCUCCUGCCAGGCUUGAGAACUCGACCGAGUCUUUCGGGCUCUCUUCCUUCCUUGGCGCGUUGUACACCGCCAAACUCCUGCCCUCGCUGUCGGAAAAGAGGAACGUGACAAUCUUCGCUCCUCGUAAUGAAGCGUUCCAGCGCGUCGCCGGGCAUCUUGAAGACUUGGACGAAAAUGCAUUCAGGAACUUGCUCAACUACCACGUUGUCGAGGGCCAAGUAGUUCCCUCCUUGGGUCUUAAGAACGGUACUAGCCUGUAUACCCUGACUGGCCAAAGUCUCAGAGUCAUCCGUUCUGGUAACAACCUCUUCCUCAACUCGGCGCAGGUCGUUCAGCCGGAUAUCCUACUCGCCAAUGGCAUCAUGCACAUCAUCGAUAACGUCCUCAACCCAGACAAGGCAACGGCUGUGCCGAAUCCCACCGCCAUCAGCCAGGAGCCCGUGUACCCCGAGAGCUCCGCCUCCGGGCUGCCUUUCACUUCUGCAAUCCCCUGCACUGUAAGUUGUCCCGUGACGAGUACGACCAUCACCACCGCUGCGGCUUCAACAAGGACCUCGACAACGGCCAUAAUGACUACCACUAGCCCUGGUGUCGCAGCGCGAACGGUGGCGGCUGCAGGUGCAGCCCUGCUCGCGGGGUUAGCCGCGUUGGCUUGA